CAUAUUUAUCGAGAGUCGAACUCUAAUGCAAACAAUGGAAGUUCUUAUCUCCACCUGAUAUCAACCCUUCCCGGCGUUCAGUAUUUCAUCAUCCUGUUUAUUUACCAUAACCAUUUCUGUCUCGGUAAUUCAAACCGUGUGUGGCUUCCACCGAGUUAUAUCCUUGAUACUAAUAUACAUACAUAUCGCCAUAGUGUUUUAAAGUCCUAUAUGUUUAUAGAGGUUAAUUAAAUUGACAUAUUUAACACGCGUUGUCACACACACACACACCAACAGUAUCACUAUUUUACUAUUAAUUACACUGUAAUUUCCAGACAAGGUGUAGGUAGUUGUGUUUAUAAUUAAACUGGUGUACUUCGGUUUGAAUAAGUCGUGAUAUAUUUUGGUGUUGUAAGUAUGGAUAUUAUUGAAGACAACAGAACUGCGCUUUUCGAAGAGGGGAAAGAAGAUGCUCUACCCACAUCCAACGGGCGCGUAAAGCUGCACAACGCCCGCCUCAAAUCCAUCCAAGACGACCACCUUUACCAUAUCGCCCUCUCAACCGGAAGUGACGAUCUCAGGCGCCUCUUCGGAGAUGUCAAGGUCGUGUGUUUUGGCGGCCAAGCGACACGGAUGGAAAAGUUUGCGCGGUUUAUCGCGCGUGAAUUUGAUGUCAGCGACACGGUUCAUAACUUCGCUGCCGGCACGGACCGCUAUGCCGUGUACAAGGCCGGACCAGUUCUCUCCGUCAGCCACGGUAUCGGCAUCCCCUCACUGUCCAUCGUCUUUCAAGAGAUCGUAAAACUCAUCUACUAUGCUGGUUGUGAAAACGUCACGUUCUUUCGCAUUGGCACGUGCGGUGGUAUAGGAUUGGAGCCUGGCACGGUGGUCAUCAGCCAGAAGGUUGUCAACGGCGCAUUGGAACCAGUCUAUAAGCAGUAUAUCCUCGGGCGUGCGGUUGAACGGCCGGCGAAAGUGGACAGCGACCUUAUCCGCCAACUGUACGCCUGUAGCCAAAACGACGACAAGUUCAAAACCGUGCUGGGCACCACCCUGUGUGCCGAUGAUUUCUAUGAAGGUCAGGGACGGAUGGACGGGGCGUUCUGUGAACACGAGGAGGAGGAAAAGUUUCUAUGGUUACGGGAGCUAGCGGACCGUGGGGUGACCAACAUGGAAAUGGAGUCCCUUGGCUUCACGGCUCUCUGUGACCGCGCAAACAUACCGGGGGCUGUAUGCUGUGUAACGCUGCUCGACCGGUGCGAGGGAGACGGGAUCACCACUAACCUGCAGCUGUUACACGAGUGGCAGACCUACCCACAGAUUCUCGUGGCUCGUUACAUCCGGAACCGCCUUGGUCUCUAGCCGCAUCACUUCCUCGCUGAUCUACUUUGUCCGUGCCUGUCGAUCAAGCACUGCAUAGGCGUGUCACUCUUCACGCGGACCGAUACAUACCUCGUGUGCGCACCGCUAAAUGCCUCUUGUGGUGAUUAAAUUAAACAUUCUUGUACAAAGAUUUGAAGAGUUCACUAGUUUGCCAAAUUCAACGCACUGGCGUUUAUUUUGCCAAAAUAUUGUGUUUUGCCAUUGAUGUGGGUUAAUUUUGAGAUAUAAUAUGUUGAAAAGACAUGUGUUAUAUAGAACAAAGUGUUUAUGCAUUUCUUGUAUUCAGUGCAGCUUGCAUUCGUUCAAUACGUUCCGUGCCAUUCUUUUUCUGCCCGUCGCUCGGCGGUCGUGAUUGGUCAAUUAUUUGCUGUGAUUUGUUUUGAUAGACUUUUGAAUAAUUAACCUAAAUUUCGUGUUAAAUUAUGACGUCAUAUCCUUACAUAUAUAUUUUUUCGUCAUGACUAUCAACCGUUUUAAUGACUACAAGAACAUCUUCAAACAUCCCCGGUAUUCUGUAACCUUCUCAUCAUCAUUAUUUAUUUACCGUAGGGUGAUAAACUGGCAUAACCGCACUUUCCAAUCAAGUGCAUUAUUGGGGGAGACUUUUUUAGGAAUUGAAGCAUUUACUUUUCAGAUUUCGUUGCAAGUAGAUAAGGUCCUUAUAGAUGUUGAACCUCUCUGUUGUAUUAAUAGUUAAGGAAAAACAGAUAUGUGUAAGGUGCUAUCAUUUUUUACGACUAACAAGUGUUGUUUUUAUAUGUAUACAAGAAAUAUACGUCAGUAUUACUUUGUGUUAAAAAUAACCACGUCCUGACCAUUGUAUGCAUAAUUUGUACAUAGAUUGCUAAGAUUUUGAUCAUA